CUGCGACAACAAAUAUCUACAUAAGCCCCCUUCAUUUGGGUACAAUAAAGUAAUAAUUAUUAUGGCAUCAAUAUACACAAAAUCACAAGCUCUGGAUGUAAAAAAAGAUAUAAUGCCAAGUUCUUCGGGACAGUUGGUCAGUUCUUUGCGUCAACCCGUGACAGUGAUUAAAAAAAGAUCGGGCCCCUUAGAUGGUAUGAUCGAUGAGCUUCAUAGACUCGAAGGAACUACUACUCAUGAAGUGGGCUUGUCGCUAACGAACUCGAACAUUACUGACAAUCAGACAGAUGCAAUUAUCGAGAGCUCAACAAAUUGUACAAGGCAAGGUUUGGGUAAAACAUCUUCAUCGGCAUCGGCAUCGGCAUCGGCAUCUGGCCGUCGACGUUUGCAAGCCAAAGAUAAGGAGAAGAAACGGGAACGUUGGCUAUUAACUCGAAAAACUUGGAGAUAUAUGACCGACGCUGGUCGCAAAUUGUUACCCGAGGGCAAGCCACACGGUGCCGAGAGUAGCAUACCCGAAAUCGAAGCGCAGUUUCAGCGUGUUUGUGCCUCGGAGCCGCGAUUUGUAUUGUGGCGUCGGAAAUCUUCGUUUCCGGGAGCCAGCAAAAGCUCUAGAAAACGUAUUAAGAUACUUGCACAACAUCGAGGCAAUUAUGCAGCGCAGUCGCAGCUGAGAAACCAAGAGAAUGUUGAUCAAACAAUUGAACUUUUGCAGUCGUACCUUAAAAUUCGGGACUCUUACAAGACAACAACUCUGCUCGGGACUAAAACCGUUCGGCCUGACCAAACAUCUUCGCCUAGUUCGCGACGUCCAAAUUAUGACAAAGCACAGACAUCUAGCAAUUUGUCCACAAUAUCUUCCGAAUCCAGGUCCAAUAAUAUGAAUCAUGAAUCCGUUCUUUUGGAUCGCCUAAAAGAACUUUCGAGCUCGUCACUAGGCGGGUUACACGUGGACCAAUUAACACCAGCUAUUCUGGAAGAUAAGGCACUCUUAAAAAAGAUAUAUAAUUUUUUAAAAAAACAGCAGCUACAUCGUAUUUUACAUUCCUCUGAGCCGACAAAAUCAAAUUUAGCCAGAUCUACCUCAUUUUCAAGUCUGUUCAAUUAUACGGGCAGUGAAGAAAUCGCGCCCAUAGAUCUAAGUUGUUUUGAGAAUACUUCAAAAUAUACAAUUAAUAGUCGUGAAUUACCAGACCCCAAAGCCGAUAAAAAGUCAACGUCGAAUACAACAAAACGGCAACAAAAACCACCUGAAUCUCUGGAUUUUAGCCACAGUACAAAAAGCCUGCAAGGACAUGCGCUUCUUAAUACAAAUAACAAUAAUCAUAGCCAUGUAAUUCGCGAAAAGUCCCUGAACUCUUGUGGGAGCCAAACAAAUUUUAUUCAAUUGAGUGAGUUAAAAUUAAUCGCAGAACAAUAUGAACAAAUGCUGGAAAUCAAAUCGGAAGGCGAAGAGGUCGACAAAAGUUCUCUGACGGUCAAUUCGAACCACAGAAGAAGCUCCAUCGACAAUGAAGACGUAUCCCAAUCCGUGAGCGAUACAAUUAAACGAUACUUGAGAAUGGCUCGGAAAAAGAGUAUACAGGAUGAUGAUGCAAGUCGCUUUAAAUCGGUCAAUUAUGAUCGAAAUUUGCGAAACAUUAAGGCAAAAGGUGAAAUAAAUCCACCCGGCAUGGAUGAGGGCAACAACAAGGCUGUACAAACCCUAGACGCUUGGGCUCUGGUUGCAUUGGAUUUCAUACGCGGCAACGAGAAUUCCAAGAACCUGCGAAAUGCCCAUAUCGCAUGGCAAAAAGAUCUAGAUGAGCGCAUACGCCAGAAAAUGGAGUGGGAGAAGAGCUUUCAAGAGCGGAACCAUGAAAACGUUGCCCAGCACAGAAAGAACCCACAAUCGGUUUGCCUAUCUGCGCCCACCUCCCCAACAAGUCCCAUUCAUAGUCCAAAGGAGAAAACUGGAAGAACCGCGAGCGCCAUUCUAACGUCGAGUUCGCAUUUUCUAUCCAAUUUUUGGCACGCAGGUUCUUCGGAACCCUCAAAUACUCACAGCUUAAAAUAUGGAAGUACAAAUGAUUCAUUUAUAAAUUCUAAAAAUGAAACGACAAAUAUGCAAAAAUCCAAAUCGUUAUCUAAUGUCGGACAGUUUGUUUCAAGAAAAAUUUGGGGAAGUCGCUCGAAAUGUCAAAGUAGACAAAACCACAGUCAAGAUUUUGUCCCACAUCGGCAAACUUGGGCUCCCUCGGAGAACUGUACAUGGAUAUCGGAAGAAGGACAGGUCCUACAACUAACGGAUACAUCCUUAGAAAAACUUUCCGAUAUUGAAGCAGAGUUCCUUAUGCAUAUUGCUCUUGAAAAAAUUAAGGAACUAAAUAUUGGAACGAAUAUAGAUUUGGAACGUAAAACUCAGAAGACACGAGUUGUAUCAAAGAAAAGAGCGCUUACAACAAGCAUUUUCGAUAUCGGCAAAAAGGACGAACACAACGGACGCGAUAUUUUAUUUGGGACUUCUUUGGAAUCCUGCUUGUCCAGGGACAGAAAGCGAGGCGGAGGAAUGGAUACCGGUUCGAAGCAUACGUUGACGUCAGUAUUUUCUAGCAGGGUUGGAAAAUUAAAUGAUAACGUACGUUCCUAUGAAAGUUUGCCAACGAAAUCUUUAAAGCAUGGGGCUUCCUCUGACUACAUGACAAAUCUUCAAAAAUCUGCCUCGAUGUCAAUGCAAAUGUCGCGCAGUCAUUUUGACAUGAGGAAUGUUGAACUGGAUCUCGACAGAAUACUAUUCGAAGGAUCAAAAAACAGUUUUUUUUUAAAUGUGCCUAUGUUUAUAAUAAUCUGUAUAGAAUAUUUGGAAGAACAUGGUCUCCAAAAAGUCGGUCUCUUUCGAGUUAGUACAUCGCAGAAGCGUGUAAAACAACUUCGUGAGGAAUUUGAUAAGAACUGCAACAUGUGCAUUCCUGAAAAUACAUGUCCACAUGAUGUAGCGACAUUGCUUAAGGAAUUUUUACGAGAUCUCCCUGAGCCCCUCCUGUGCAAAAGAUUAUAUACAACAUUUUUGGAGACUCAACGGAUACGAAAUCGGCGCCUUCAGCUGGAAGCCAUAUCUCACCUUAUAAAACUGCUGCCUGUUGUGCAUAGAGAUACAUUGUAUGUCUUACUAAAGUUUCUGGGAAAUGUAGCUGCUCAUUGUGAUGAUAUAUGCGCCCCGGACGGUACAAUCCAAAUGAAUGGAAACAAAAUGGACAGCAACAACUUAUCCACAGUGUUUGCUCCAAAUAUUUUGCGGGAUUAUGUGCCAAAAACGGCUGAAUAUAAAGAGCAUGGAAAUAUGGUAGACGCAAUAAAUGUGAUCAGAAUAAUGAUUGAUCACUAUGAAGAGAUCUUUAAAGUGCCUGUUGAGCUUGUAGACGUGCUUUACUCCCAUAUGCUGGAUAAGUGUCCAGAGCAACUACACGUUAUAAUUACGAAGAAACUAAAUCAAUUAUUAAAUGCUCAAGUUGGGGAAUCCAAACCAGAUGGAACUUACGAUUCGGCGCUUUCAAUUGACGGAAGGCGUCAAUCAACGCCUAUUUUAUUGGAACACCCAAACGUGUUUUCAGCCAGUCUGCAAAUAUCAAUGCCGGAGGAAUCAUCUUUACAGCCAACACGGGCAAAUAUAAUUCAAGAGAGUAAAGUUCGAAAUACGAGUAUUUCCGAACCAAAGCUACCAACUAGUAUAUCCAACAUUGGCGGAGCAACAUUAUUUGCAAAGACAGCCGAGUUUGAGAAGAACACACCUAUAAAUGUAGCCCAUGGAACACAAAAUCCAACAGCUAAAGCAAAACCACUCUAUAAGCGACAACAAUUAAUUUCAAGUUCCAGACGAUAAGAAAGAGCAACGAAAGAGCCUUUCUAAUCUUCGAGAAAGCUCUCUUAAAAUUACAAACUUAAGGCCACUUUGCUGUGGGAAAUAUAAACAGACAGACAGACGGACGGACAACAAGACUGACACUGCACAGAACCAAUUUAAUAUACAUAUAAUCGCAUAAUUGGUCAAAUCAUUUAAAUGUACUAAAUACCAAUAUAUGUACGACUUAUGAGUUAGCUAAAGGUCUCAGCUGCCAGGGUAAUAAUGUAAAUCCAUAUAAUUUUAGUUUUUAAGCUAGUUCUUUGCUUUGUAUAAAUAUAAUAACAUAA